UUCGUCGGCCACAUGCACAUGAAUGAAAAUGGACGGGCACGGGCACACCCUCGUCCGGGCUGCGCCGUGUCGCUAUUGACGAGUGGGGCCGACUUUCUCCGAUGCACACAAAGAAGUAAUGGCUGUUAUCGCUCUUAUUUCUCACUUGAUCAAUCCAGCUGCCUCGUCCAGCGCCGCAUUCAGCUGCAAUCGACGUCCCUUUGAAUCGAACUGCCCUCGGUCGGGUCUUGUGUGGCAUUUGGAAUAUGGGUUCCCAAGGUCACAAAGAUCGUUCAUCCGGGUCCGACAAACCUCGUGAUUCGAUGAGAAUGGUCUGCCUAGCAUGCAGACGCUCACUCCAUCAAGCAGCUUCAGCGUUUUGGAUAUUGUCCCUUGCGGCUGGUCCUUUUCCCCGCUGGUGUCAAGGUGAGGGUUGAACCGCGCCUUGCGCGCUUUCUUCCUUUUCUCUCUCAACCAAACAAAAGAAGGGGAAAAAUUAGACAAAGAAACCCCGAGCCGCCACUUGGCUUUCGUAAUCCCGCAUGGCGGGACAGGCGACGGCCGGCCAUCGGCGGUCGGCUAGGCGGCACAGUACGACGCCCUUGGCGGCACGGCACCCGCGGGACUCACGGCGUCGAGGUGGUCAAGGGCCAGGAGACGGACGGAUACUAACUGGCAGUUCGGGAUUUGGCACGGUACGGCUCACGUCGAUGCAGGUGGGUGCAGUUUAUCCGGAGGGAUGAUUCCUCAUCCUCCUUCUUUGGCCAUUGUCGCUUGACGGUUCGUCUCCGUCGGCGUGGGCCACAGACGGCGGUUUGGUGGCGGGUUAUGAAUGGGCGUAUGUCCUUGUCGAUCAAUACCAGGUUGAACAAAGUACCACGGCACCAGAGAAGGCAAACGCGGUCCUUUUUGCCGACUGAGCGAAGUCAGUCUCUACACUAGUCAGAGCAAUGCGCCGAGAUGGAUGCGCUCCUCCGUACCGCCCCUUUGCCAUUUGGGCAGCAGCCACAAGGCCACUACGUCUGAAGUCGAAUGAAGCACGCUCUCCACCUUCAUCUCCACAACGGCGCCUAUAGGAACGAACGGCCAACGGUGCUCCCCCAGACCAAACAGCGGAGCACGAGCUCGAGCACGGCUUUGGAGGGGGUGUUGAUGAUCCGCAAGGACGCAUGUGUCGACGCUUUUCGUGGAGCGAGAACAAGCGUGUUUUAAUGGGGCUUUUGCAGGUUGGUGGUUCUUGUUCUCGUUUCUGCUCGAGAGACACCCUAUUCGUGGAGCCUCGGACGUGGAGCCAGGUCGGCUCUGCUGCAGCAAACAUGGAUCUUCUCGGAACUAGAGAAACCCCAGCGUUUGGGCACCCAUCACAGAAAGCUCGAGCAGAAGAGUCCUGUGUACCGCCUACCGCGUACAGACCGCCGAUCAACACUAGAUGGAGAAGAGAGGAGGACAGGUCUCUAUCGCCUGAGGGGAGGACCUACAAGGGGGACCUCGUUGGACGAGGUGGAGGAGGAGAGGUUCGAGACUCUUGAAUCUCAGGAGGGACCACCUUGGCUGCGUAUCACAGUUAGAGACUCUUGACGAUCGAUCACUUCGCUUCACCAUCGUGUGAUGCUUGUUACUCCUCAUCGCCAGCCGGCUCCGGACGCCCGUGUUGGGGUCAUUCCCUGACGGUCCCGUGGGCAUGCCGAGAAUUCUGGAGGGCACGCCCGACUGCAGACAAAUUCUUGAGGCUCCUGACAAGCCGCGUUUCGUGGCCAUUCAAGCCCACCUUUCGCCCGCGUUCCUCUCUACUCGCGAUUAUUCCAAACGAUUCUUGUAACAACAAGAAGAAUUCUUUAAGUGUCCCCCCCCCCCCUUCUUUCCCCAGGACUUCUGUGCAUUUUCUCUGGGUUCGACAUGCCAUUGCACCAG